AUGAGCGGUGUGGGCUCCUCAACGCAGCUCGCUGCCGCUACUACCGAAGCGGCCACCGUAUCAACUGCUGUCCCCGCUGACACCGACCGUAUUAGCAGCAGCCCCACACUCACGGCGGCGGAUAUGAAGGAACUUGAAGAGCUGCGGUUGCGGAACCAGUUGCUGAGGGCUGAAAAUGCGGAGCUGCAGAGCAAACUCGAAGAUGAGCGGACGCAACGGCGCCAAUCCCAGCUUGACGAGAACCACUACAGCUUGGAAGCCAAGGCGUGUCGCGAGGCUAUUGAAAAGAUCGACUCCAAGGCUCAGGUGUUAGCGCUUCAUGAUGAGCUGCAUCGUCUGCGGAAGAAGUGCGACAUCUACGCGGCGGCGUUGGAGGAGUCGCGGAGUUACUUCUUCGAGAUGAAGCGGCUGUACAUGGAGGUGUCGCCGCAUCUGCGCUCGUUCUCCGGCGAUGCUCCGGCGCACCACGCGGCGCCCUCGUGA